AUGCUGGCAGAGAAGUUCUGGUGUAAGGCCCCACAGGAAAGCAUGGAGGCUGAGCUCCUCCCUCGCUGCUGCCGGGAAAGAGCAGUUAUUACUGGAUCAAAGGCAACAGUGCCCACCGCUCCACAGAUAUUUACAACAGAACUUGUCCCUGCUUGCUCUGGAAACUGGACAGGCUGGAUAAACAAAAACCGUCCUUCUGUAGACAAUGGUGGUGAUUCUGAAGAUGUGAAAGGCUUGUGCCAGUAUGGUGUUGAAAACAUCCAAUGCCAAUCUUUACAUUCUGAAUAUCAUAAUGAAAAUGUGACAUGCAACAUACAUCAAGGUCUCAUAUGCAGAAAUAAUGACCAGCCUCCUAGAACUAAUAUGAGCAUAUGUGCUGAUUAUAAAAUUCGUGUUUGUUGUAAUAUUUAUACUACUACCCAUACCCCUGUUACCACUAGUUCUACUACUCAUACUCAGACUGUUACUUCUGUUAGUACUCCUCGUCCCACAUGCACUUGCAUUUAUGAAAAUAAUACUUUUCAGUGUGGCACAUCUUGGUUUGCAAACUGUGCCAACAACACAUGCAUUUCAAGGAACACAGUUCACUCUACACCUGUUGUUUGUCCUUCUAAUACAAAACCUACAUGUGCCAGUGGACUGGAACCUUCACAAAUCCAAACAGGAUGCUGCAGCACGUGGGACUGUGGUUGCACAUGUCAGGUGUUUGGAGAUCCCCACUAUAUAACAUUCAGUGGUGCUAAGUAUGCCUUCUUGGAGGAUUGUACUUAUAUUCUAGUACAGGAAAAGGCUCCAGUAUAUUGGUUUAAAGUUAUGGUAGACAAUUAUUACUGUACAAAAGGAGCAUCUUGUGCAAAAGGAAUUAUAAUAACAUUCCGCAGCAACACUGUGAGCCUUACCUUAAACACUGUGAACGCCAAAGAUGUUAAAAUAUUGAGUACAUUUAAUAAAAAAGCGGUAAAGGCUCCUUUCAGUCAAAAUGGAAUUAUUUUGGAGUCCGCCGAGAAUUCAGUAAAAGUUUUCAUAACUGAGAUUUCCGCCCAGAUUUCACUGAGUAUACGAAAAGAAAUCAGCAUUAAUGUGCCACGGCUAUAUUUUGGGAACAAAACAGAAGGUCAAUGUGGUGAGUGUGGUGGAAAGUCAUGUCUACGUCGAAAUGGGACGGCUGAACCUGAUGACUGCUGUACAAAUACUGCGUCUGACUGGAUCGCCAGUGAUCCUGCAAAAGAGAACUGUGUAGCAAAACAGGAAAGCUGUCCUACACCAACCCCUUCACCAGCUCCUACACCAACCCCUCCACCAGUACCACCACCCUGCAAAAUUCUUACAGAAUCCAUUUUUGAACAGUGUGCUAAAACAAUUGACCUUAAGCCUUAUAUAAACGCCUGCAUAUUUGACCAGAAAUAUACAAAUAGCAGUGACGUACUCUGUUCCAGUAUCUCAAGAGCUGCGGAUCAGUGUAAAAUGGCUGGCAUUUGUGUUAAAUGGAGACCUUAUUUAAAAGGACUGUGUGAUAUAAGAUGUGGCAAUGGAACAGUAUUUAAUGAAUGUGGUUUACAUGCUGAUAACUACUGCCAGGCUGGUCAAAUAAUCAAUGGUGGCAGCUUAGGAGGCAUGACUGCUGGAUGCUUUUGCCAAGAUCAAAUGGUGCGAGCAGAAAUAUACAAAGAUGUGUGUGUAUCAGAAUGUCCCUAUUGCAAAGGCCCACUUGGAGAGCCCAAAAUGGUUGGAGAAAAGUGGGAAUCCAACUGUCACAUCUGCACAUGUGAUGAAGUGACUUUAACAGAAAUCUGCACACCUAAGGUGUGUCCAGUAGUUAAAUGUAAAGAGGAUGAGAUUUCAGUGCCGGACACCUGUGGCUGCUGUAAUACUUGUGUACCACAAGUUUGUCAAGCUACAGUGUCAAAUCAAACAGUCACUGUAGGAAAAUGCUCUGGAGAAUUUGAAGUGGGAAUGUGUAGAGGCCAUUGCCCAUCUUGGACAAGCUUUUCCACUUCCUCAGGAAGCAUGCAGUCGACAUGCAAAUGCUGCCAGGCUCUUGAAACAGAGAAAAGAUCUGUGAGCUUAACCUGUUCUGAUAAAACCUCAAAGCGGUAUACUUACACUUACACUAAAAGCUGUUCCUGUUCAAUCUGUUCUGAAAAAAUUGAUUCAUAAUAAUAAGUAUAAAUAAUAUAAUUAUAAGUAAAUGAGUGACUCCUGACAUUCAAUUUUCAGCUUUCACUGAAUUGUUUUGGUAAUCUUUAACACCUCUUGUUGAUUAAUAGAUAAAUGAUGAUUUCUCUUAAUUUCGCUCCUGUAUUCAUAAAUAAUUGACUGGUAACCAUCAGUUUUGCUCUUUUCAGAAAUCAGUAAUAUAAAAUAGCUUAACAUUAGUGCAUGUUUUAAAAGCAUAAGGAAUCCAUUAAAGAAAAUAAUGGUGGAUUCAUACUAUGGGAACAAAGUUCUUUUCAAAUGCUAAUUGUAGUUAUUGGUCUUCUUUGAAUCAUCAAUUAUAUGAAAAACAGAUUGUUGAAACAGCACUGUAAAUGUUUAUCUUCUUAUUAAACAUUGACCUUUACAGUACACACAGUUAUGGAGCACUUGAAUAUACUGUAUCUUGUGAAACUUACAAAAAGUCUAUGAAAAUGAAAUAAAUCUUACUGCAAAUAAA